GACCUUACUCCACAUAUUGGUUGGGGUAUGAUUUAGUAUUACCUACGUGGAGUCGGUGCCGGCCGGGCAGAUCUUGGCUUCUACUACCGUAUUACUAGAACUUAUAAUCUUCUCCAACGUGAUAACACAAACACCCGUACAUCCUCGAUCUGAACGGGUCGGUCAACUGUUUUCAAUACUGUCCAUCAUCGAAAUGGGCAGCAGGACAUACUACAAAGUAGACAUCAUCGAAGCCUUGAUCCCGAAGAAAGGCUCCAACAAAUCCUCUGAUGUAUAUGUCAAAAUCCAUGUAGAAGGGCUGCCACCGCAGAAGACCAAAGUGUUUGAAGAAGAUGCCAAGGCUGUGUGGAACGAACACUUCAUGUUACCCAUAGAUGCAGAAACACAGCUUGAGAUCAAGCAAAUCAAACGUAACCCGUUUUUCAGACAUGGCUCCCGUUCUCUCGGCAAGGUCAGAUUAGAUGCGGCAGCAAUACUUGGACAAUCUGUUGUCGCAGCGUCACAAGAUGUUCGUCUGGAUUUUCCUUUAGACGAAGCACUGCACCAUGAUGCGUCACAGCGUGGCUACAUAUUAGUCCGUGUGCACAGACCUGGGGAGCCCGUGAAACUAGCUAGUUCCUCCGUGGAUCAAUCUUUUUCUGCACUCAUUUCGCAGCUAGACACAUUAGUCCAGAUCGUGAGCGUAGUAUCGCAGAUCCAUCCAUUCGUGAACCUGACAUGGCAGAUUGUAUCAUCCCUUUACACGGUUGUCAGAGGCCAACUGGACACGGACAAGAGAAUUGCAGAUCUAGUGAAUAUGAUGGAGGACGUGUAUACCUUUGUUGAUGACGUGAAAAACUUUCCGAGUAGGCUGUCAUCCUUGGAGGAGACAGUCAAGAAGAUUUUGUCUCAGACCAUAGAGUGUAUGUUGUUCAUUCAAGAGUACUCUGGUCGUGGAUUUUGUGGACAUGUGCUCAAUAAACAGUGGACAGACGAUCAGAUUACACGCUUCAUACAAACAUUCACGAUGUUGAAGACAUCACUCAACACUGGGGUCGGGGUUCAGAUAGCUCUCAUCGCUCACCGCAUGUACGAAGAUGUGCAGUCAAUAGUUCAAGCGCAGAGUCUUGCCAAGCUUCAUCCAGCAAAUAUGGAUGACCCGUCUCGACCGGUGUGCUUGCCCCAAACUCGCAGCGACUUGCUUUCCAGUGUUUUUUCUUGGGCAAUGAAUCCUUCUAGCGAUCAAAAUGUGCUUUGGCUUCAUGGUCCUGCUGGCUCUGGAAAGAGCACCAUUGCGACAACGAUUGCCAACAUUGCACGAGACCUCGGUCGUCUCGGCGCGUUUGUAUUUUUCAAUCGCCACAUGGCAGCAAGGAAUGAUCCAAUGGCCGUCGUACGAACUCUUGCCUUCCAACUUGGCGAGUUCGACAACCGGCUGGGAGCGGCUAUCUCGACUGUGAUCAAAAACACUCCAAGCAUUAGACAGUCACCCUUGCGACAACAGUUUCAUAAACUACUGGUACAACCACUGUCCGAAUCCGAAAUGGCGGUUUGGAGCCAAGAAGGCCCAGUGAUUGCUAUCAUCGAUGCAUUGGAUGAGUGCGGACACGUCGGGGAACGAGAAGACCUUCUUAGCGUCCUGGCGCUGGAGAGCGUAAAAUUGCCACCGACGUUACGCAUCAUCGUAACAAGCCGAACGGAGGUGGAUAUCCAGGAAGCACUGGAAACACGGAAGAAUAUCUGCAGCACUGCGAUUGACAUCAACUCUUCUGCCAAUGAUAAGGAUAUUCAUUUGUACCUAUAUGAUCGUCUGCAGCACAUCAUUUCCAAAAACAAAUAUCUGUCACUCCCACAAGAUUGGCCUGGGCAUCACGCAAUUGACGCUCUAGCAGCUCGUGCAUGCGGGCUCUUUAUUUGGGCAUAUACUACCUGUCGCUACGUGGAAAAUGGUCAAGAUCCAGGAGAAAGGCUAGCGGAUCUGCUUCGCACCGACGUUUGUUUGAACGCCGAGUCUGCCCUGGAUUCUAUAUACUCCACCGCCCUGGAAUCUGCUGGGAGAUGGGAAGAUCCACUUUUUUCUGCCGACUUUCGCGACAUUCUUGGCGUUGUGAUAGUCGCCAAAAAUCCUUUGACUGCGUCGACCAUCGACCGUCUCAACGAGGCUGCUUCGGUCUUAAGCACACGACCAAGUCUUCACACUAUUCAACAUCUUGGUUGUAUUUUCCGAGGAACGACCAGCGAGCCAAUCCAUGUUAUUCAUCCCUCAUUCGAAGAUUUUUUGACAGAUCGAGCUCGCUGCAAAGAUGAAUGGUUCAUUGAUGUAUCUCUACACCACCAGAGACUUGCCCGUCAGUGCAUCGGCUCCCUUCGCGCGACUUUGAAACGAAAUAUGGGCGACCUGACCCUCACGAAAAGUGCGGUCGAUGUCAAAAUUUUACCGGAGGAUGUUACCUACUCCUGCAUCUUCUGGAUCGAGCACGCCUGUGAGUUGGAAGGAAACGCGGAGUGGUUCUCUAUCGAGGUGUAUGAUUUUCUCGUGAAGCAUCUGCUUCACUGGAUCGAGACGAUGAGUUUGUUGAAGAAGGCCAGACGGACGAUUAAGUUACUAAUGCGACUGGAAGAUUGGAGCAAUGCAAGUGAAAUCAUUAUGCCUCUUUUUAUUGUUGCUGAAAACAGGCCACAGUCAACUCAAGGUCGCCAUCAGGAACUCUGUGACCUUCUGGCAGACGCAGUGCGCUUUUGUCAAGCUUUCGCCGCGGUAAUUGAACAGCACCCACUUCUCGUAUACAGCAGUGCACUGCCGUUUACUCCGAUCAACUCUAUUCUAUACCAGAUAUUCAAGGACGAGCUGUCAAUACCAGUCGUAGCUGGAGGCUUUCGUGAUCAAUGGUCCCCUUUGCUCAUGGAUAUUCCCAGACCAGGUGGAGAAGUUACAUCACUUUCACUAUCGUCUGAUGGAUCGCAGUUGAUCUCGACGAUCGCCCGCGGGUGCUAUGUGUGGGAUGCUAUAUCGGGGGAACUGCUUAUCCAAGGGCCGAAAGGUGAUGUGGCGAUGACGGUUCUCGCCCCUGGUGGCCAGCUGGCUGCGUCGUGUUUCUUCAGUGGUUCAAUAGUCCUCUGGGACACCUUCUCUGGUAAAAUUAUAGGUCAGCCACUCAAACGUGAUCAAGGAGCUAUAUACGCCCUUGCAUUUUCCCCUGACGGGACCCGCUUGAUAUCGGGCGGAAAAAACUGCACUAUCAUCAUGUGGGAUGUACAGGCAGCAUCAGUUAUUCUGGACCUCCCUGCGGCGCACGCGAAACCGAUCCUGUGUCUUGCAUUCUCAUCGGAUGGUUCGCGUUAUGCUUCGGGCUCGCGUGACGGUACUACUCGAAUUUGGGAUGCAACAUCAGGGGGAAUGGUACUAGGACCCCUGCGUGGUCAUUUUGGGGGCGUCUAUUCUCUAGCCUUCACUCGUGAUGGCACGCGGAUAAUAUCGGGCUCAGAUGACAAAACCAUCUGUGUAUGGGAUGUUCAGAUUGACCCUUCUUUGAAUGGGUCACGAGGGGCGCACAGACCAAUCAAGCUUCACGGACAUCGCAGUAUUGUAUUCUCUGUCGCCGUCUCUCCUGACGGGCGGCUCAUCGCAUCCGCAUCCAAGGACACUACCGUACGCCUCUGGAGUCUGGAGUCAGGGGAAGAGUUAAGCCACCUCGUUCGUCAGCACAGAAUGCCUGUGCGUUGCGUAGCAUUUUGGCAGCAGCACGGACGUCUCCGUCUAGUAACAGGCGCGAGCGAUGCUACUGUCCGCAUCUGGGAUGUCGAGUCAGUCGGAAGUAUGGGUGUGGCUCGCAAGCACAAAGGCCUCGUUUCGCACCUCUCAUUCUCACAAGAUGGCCGACGCAUUGUUUCGGGAUCGCUUGAUCGCACUGUGCGGGUCUGGGACCCCAUAACAGGCCACUGUUUGCUGGGUCCAUUGACCCUAGAGCAACCAGUAUAUUCUGUUGCUCUAGCCACAGAUAAUAUUAGGAUCUUGGCGGCAGACCGUGAUGGUGCCGUUUUCGCAUGGGACGCAACCACGGGAGUGCAUGUGACGGCAACGCCGGCCGACAAUCCUAGCUAUCAUUCCAUCGUCGGACCAUUGUCCCUAGAGCGAAAGUGGGUAGUAGAUUCAAGGACUGGAACAGUCCUUACGAUGCUUCCAACGAUGUCACCGGUGAGGUGCCAGGCAUCAUUUGGCAAUUGUAUGGUUCUUGGGCUGGCAAACGGUGGAAUAGUAAUUAUACACUUUCCUGGCAGCCCAGAGCUUAUCUAG